AUGUCAUUGUCAUUGACAAUUGACAACAAAUUUUGUCAAAUAUUCCUUUUUCAUUAUUUUCGUUUCUAAGCCAAAACAGGUCAAAAAUAAUUAGAUUUUACAUUAUUUACGUGGUUUAUUAAACGUGGAUAGGUUUACUUGUUGUAUGCAUGUUUUCCAAGAAGGUUACAAAAGUGGGUGGACUUGAGUUCCUAAUUGGGCAGUGUUGUGUUGUACAGAUGAAAAUACACUUCAUUGAUGAUGAAAAAUGAAGGGAGUUGGUAAUUCACCAGCUGACCGCGAAGGGAUGACAAAUAAACCCAUAGUAGCAUGCGCUGGCGAUUGGAACUUAUUCUGUACGUUAGAACAACCUUUGGUAGCUGCCAUUCCUCAAGACUCUUGUGAAUGGCGACGAUCGUAUGGGCGUAUAACUAAGUUUGUUUAUUUGGAAGCAACUUUUGUGAAGUUUAAUAAAGAUAAGACACAGUCAGAUCUCAAUCUUCUAAAACGACCUAUUUUCCAUAUUUAUUGGACAGAUUGUCUGGAUGUGGAAUAUUACAAAACCACUUUAAGAGAAGACAUAGAAGUAUGGAUCAAGCACUUGGAAAAAAACAACAUCACAGACUGGAUGAUAGUUUUAGUGGAGACUUACGAUAUAAGAAAAACAAACAAACUACUACCCAGGACUACAGUUUUAGAUAAAAUCAAAGGUGAUUUUGCUGCCAAACAGACAGAAGAUAGAUUUAUUUCUGUGAUAAAUCCUAUAAAAUCUGAGGCGAGGAGUGCUGAGUCUUGGAGGGCACUAGUGGCGAAAGUUAGGCAUUUUAUUCUAGUUGCAUAUAAUAAAGCACUAAUUAAGUUUGAAGAGUACAUGAGAGAGCAGAGGGAGAAAAGGAAUGAUCCAGAAUGGGAUUUUUGUAAAUACUUCAUUUUACAAGAACAGUUAGCGUUUGUGCUUGAAAUGCUUGGUCUAUAUGAAGAAGCUCUAGUCCAGUAUGAUGAGUUGGAUGCACUGUUUUCGCAAUUUGUACUCAAUUCAAAUAUAGCGGAGAGUCCAAAGUGGCUUGAAACUUUCCGACAGCCUAUCACUUCAUGGCAAGCUGUAAGACUGACUUCAUUAGUACCGCAGAAUUUAAGAGAAUUAAUAAUUAAGAAGAAAGCUUCUCUAUUAGACUUUAGGAGUUACUUGUUUCAACGACAAAGUGCCAUGUUACUACUUACUUUUAAGCCUUGGGAGAUUGCAUCUCGCUGUCUCACAACAGUCCACAACACGCUCGUAGAGCUGUCGCUAUUGAGCGCGCACGCAGUGGACGGCGCGGCCGCGUGUUGGGCGCACCUUGCGUGCGCGGAGACGCUGCGUGCGUGCGAACGAAUCUCCUCGACGAAUAGCGCGCUCGAAGCUUGCACUAAUAUGAACGCACCAUUAUUACAUAACGCUAAAGAUAAGCUUCAUGAACUAGGCAAGCUUUGCGGGUUAUUGCCAGGCUCGCCCGAACCUACCUCAGAACAGUUGCACCUAGUGGUCAUGCUGUCAGCUGGCAUGGGCGACAGUGAACCGAACAAUCAGCAAACGUCGACGGAUAGACUGAAAGAGGCACUGUGCAGCAAGAAAAGCUUUCAGCAAUACUAUUUGGAGUUAGCGGAACUUGCGAUGGGAACUUACAAACAUAUUGGAAGACUGAGGUUCGCGCGCACCAUAGGCCGAGACCUGGCCGCAUUCUAUUCGGAGUUGGGAGAAACAAGCAAAGCCGUAGUAUUUCUUAUGGAUGCGUUACGGUCUUAUGAGGAGCAAGGGUGGAAGGACCUUGCGGCGCAAACACGCUUGGAACUCAUUGCCGCUGCCAAGAAAAUGAAUGACGUUGAUCGGUACGCAAAGCUCUCUGCUAGGAUAGCUAGCACCGCCGAAUUAGAGAUUCUAGUCAGAAACUUCUAUUUUGAAGAGAUGUUGAAGACCAUCAGAGAAAACCUCGCCGAUAAGCAGGAGUCGGUGUUGACGGAGCUCAACGACUGUUUUAAGCUGGUCUCAGCUGAACUACUGCCUUCGGAACGCGAUGUUUACAUUACUGAUAAUAAGGUGCAAUGUCGACUGGUGAUAGAGAGUGAUAUGCCCAAAGACGUACUGUGUACUCGCGCGGCUAUCGGCACAGAAGCUCAUCAAGACAAACCUACGGAGAAACGGACGCCGGUCAAGAACUAUAAGACUGAUUUAACUGUUAGUACAGCCUCACAGGCCAACUCGCCGAGGAAGACUGUGGACACUGCUGAAACUGAAUCUAAUACUCUAGUUACUAGUAUAAGACUAGAUGAUCUUAAACCUAAGAACCCAUUAUUAAAUCCUAUGAACAUCUCAUCCAAACUACAUUAUAAAGAGGACAAUACUCUCCAAAAAGCGACAGUGGAAUGUCAAAACCCAAAACUGCCAUUACGUCGAUCAGACAGCACUAAGUAUAGGAAACCGUCCGCUACAGUACGGAAUAGUUAUGAAGCACAUUUUGAAAAUGAAAAUAUUAUAAUACACCCAGGUUCAAAUGAUAUCGUCGUCGAGUAUGUUGCCAAGAAAUGUGGUACAUUUAAACUCGGCCAGGUUUCUUUACUGAUUGAGGGCAAAUUAGAAUUUUUGUCAAACGCUUUAAUAGCUGCUAAGAUGGGAUACGAAGUUGAAACGCAAGGGAUCAGUGUUUAUUUGAAUAAAGUUGAGCCUAAGAAAGAUUUAGUAGCAGGUUUGGAACACGAUAUGGAACUUGUUGUCACAAGCGGUAGUUCUAAGAUUGAAGAAGGUGCCACAAUUCUUCUAAAAACAUCAACCGGACUCAAUAUACGAUUUUCGGAAGACGAAUGUCCGAUGUCCAGAGAGCUAUCUAUUCCUAUUCAAGCUAUAGAACCGUUUCAGACAACCAAAAUUCCCUUGAGGUUAUUUGCCAGCUUACAACCUAGAAGGGAAAAGAGUAUAGAACAUACCGUAUGGUUAACGUGCCCUUGGUGGGAAAGUAUAACCGAAGUCCCCUUGCACUUUUCACCACCAAUGAUUGCAUCGUGGAGGCUCUUAACGUCGAACACGAGGAAGUUUAUUCACGUGACCUUGAAGUCGUCAGUUGCCCAUUUCAUUCAGUUUAUAUUGGCUGACCCUAAGUUACAGUGUGACGGCAAUAAUACCGUGUCAGACCUAAACCCCAAAAAUUCUGGUGAAUUGGUAGUAGCAUCAGACGGAACAACAGCAUCCUUAAUGUGGGAACUCCUGAAGGACCCGUUGGUCAAAGCCGGGCCGAUGAAGGCCACGUUCACAGUGCAAUACCGUCCAGUCAACGAGGAUACCUCUAGAACAUUCUCCUGUCCGUUCGACAUACAGGAUUAUACCACGUUGUUUGUGAUUAGAACUAAAUUAGAGCCCGGGAAGGGAUCGGACUUUUGCAGGGCAUCGCAAGUUUGCUGUUUACAGCUUAAUUUGCAAAGAGUAAAUGAAACAGAACACACUUCACUGAUGUACGAGGUAUUAGCUGAUCAGACAAUGUGGGCAGUUCUUGGUCGAACGGCGGGGGUAAUAACAAUGGAGUCGAGCACAGCUGAAGGGCAGUGCGUGUCUUUAGACGUGAUGCCCCUGGGCGCGGGCUAUCUGCCGCUACCCGCAGUUCGUUUGUCGAAGUACAUCGCACGGGACGCAAACGCAAGAGAUACGUCAGCGCACCCUCGUUUGGAGCCAUUCAGUCCAGGACAAGUGUACCACGCAGGGAAGGCGAAACAAGUUCACGUAUUACCGCCAGCUCCUAAAGAACAUUUGGAUAUAACUGUCUGAAUUCAUUAGUUUGGCUAAGAAUUUGACAUUGAAAUGAUAAUUUUGGUCUAUCUCUCUCACAGAAAAACUAUAAACUGACCGUUUUCAAUUGUCUGUUACACUCAUUUGUAAGCACAGAGUUCUUAAAUCUAUUGGACUUUUUGGAGCCACCUCAGUCAGUUUGUUGGAGGAAAAACAGAAUUAUUGACGACAAUUAAGAGACGAACAUCUUAGCAAUUUAAAGAUUCACCGUGCGGGUGGCGGAUCCAUUGCGUGGCAGGGAGAAAAACUCCGAGCAGAGUCCUGGACUUGUGACCAAUUUAUGUAGGGUUAAGAAAUUUCUUGAAAAUCGAUUAACACUCCCCUUCUCCGCUCGAGUUGAUCUCCCUGACUAGUUAAUUUUUUGUAAGAUCCUAUUAGAGCAGCUUUGGAUACCUGUUCUAUUAUAGAACAGUAAAGUUUACAGUAAUAAUAAGGUUCGUUCGUUCUUUUGUAAUCUUUUGACGUCCCAAGCUAAAAAUGAUUCUCCAAUAUGAACGCUUUACUUCUUUUUCAAACGAACUCGCUUCUACCUUUUCUCUGUUUAUUCGUAAGAGGAGUUUACCAACGCUCUAUUUUUAUGUCAGCAUUUUUGUCCAUUAGUGCUCCGAGCCCUUUGGUGGGCUAAUAUAAUUUCAGCUUUGCAACUUGACGAUUGAAUACUCUUUUUUCUUUUAUACUACCGAUUUGAUAACUAAAUGGCCAAUAUUAUUAACUAGUGUACCAUAACUUAGAACAGAAGUCGUGAAACGCUUUUCUGGCACAUUUGUCUUUGAUGUGGUGUUAGUGUAAAUAUCUAGAUUAAACGAAACGAAGCAACCAUUAAAGCGUAUAUGCAAAAAUUUAUUAAACCGAGCAAAACGGUAUUGAAUACUGCAAAACUUUUACAGAUUGAUUUUAAAGCCGCUCAUGUGUUACGAUAAAACUUUUUUUUUUUCAAAAUUUGACAAAUUAUAUUCUAGUGAAUAAAGUAAUCUAUCGAUUUUUGUUAGAUAAUAAAUUGUUUAUGACUAGUGUCAAAUAUUGUACGUCCUGUAGGCGUUGUGAAAUUUUAAAUAAGGAAAUUUAUUAACAAUUUUUUUCCAAAAAUAUUGCUACUUUUGUUCUUUCUAUGUAUAUUGUCGGACCACAAACUACAUGUGAUAAAACUAUGUUGUAUAAAACCUUGGCUUUUGCUGGCUUUGGCUGUUAAAGGUUUAUCUACGUCGCUUAUAUUGUGAGUAGAAUGAUUCACGAAUAAAAAAAGACUAUUAUAUAAUUACUAUAAAGUAAGUCACACACCAUCUCAUAACCUAAAAGAAAUUAGCUGCGCAUUUUUCAUUUUGGUAGAAAUGUCAAUACCUUAUUAGAAAGUUUAAAUGUUAUUAAUGCUAAGAGUUUAAGGCUGAAUCAUAUUUAAUGAAACAUAUUGGUUCCGUGACACCUAGUUUUGAUCAGAGAUACAAUAUUCAGAGGAGUUAUUUGCAAAUCAUUAAAGUAAAGAUGAAAAAUACGUUGCGUUUCUUAUCACAGUCUGCAAUCAACUACCAUAUACCAUUUCAACGAAUUACAAUAAAUUUGAAGAUAUUGUUUCCCGAACAUGAAACAAUACAGGCUAGAUUAGAUUGAUAGGGCUUGUUUUCUGAUAAGUUUUGUCACUUUCUGAAUUCAUGUCAAGUCAUGAGGACAAAAUUUGUGAUUAAGCUAUCCGAAACAUACCAGAAGAUAGUGACACAGGCCCUUAGUGUCUUAUACUUAUGUACUUCUUUUCUAUUGUCACUAUUUUGUGUGUCAUUGAUAUAGUUCCCAUAAGUUUGUGAGAUUUAUGUCUCAUUAGCAAGAAUUUAACUAAUUAAUUAAAUAUGUAAAGUAAUGUGACUGAUACAUCAAAUAAUUUAUCUCAAGUACUUUUAAUAUACAAUUUGAAAAUUCGCUGCCAUGGACUUUUUGUGCAUAUCUAAACAAUAACACUCUCUGUCAUACCUUUGAGUUUGAUUGUGAGAGUUAUUGUAGAAUAUCCAUUUUAAAUAAUCCUUACGGCGAGUUAUGUGUAUCUCACAAUAAAAGCAUAGUCCUUAUUUAGGUGCAAUGUUUAGUUUUUAGGUGCUAUUUGGCGCUGUCCACGUUUGCUGUAUAUGAUUUUAAAAUGUUUUUUUUUUUAUUUGGAGAUAAAUAAUAUAUUAUCAAUUUGUGAAGUAACUAUGUCAAUGAUUCAACUGUCUACUUAUUUUUAAAAUAAUAUAUUAUAUGUUUAGAUUGUAUAUAAGUAGCUUAAAAUAGCGAUUAAUAUGGAGCUUCAAAACAUUUUGUUGUAUUGUUAUUCUUUUCCUAAUACAGGUUUUUUUCUAUAUUUAAUAAUAUUUGAUACUCAAACAUUAUAGUCCUAUCAGUAAAUUAUAUGCGAUCCAUAAAAAUAUUUGUUAAUUUAUACUUUUUAAUUACAUAUUUGGAUUUGUUUCUUACUAAAACAAGUUUGUUAUAAAAAUAUGUUUUAAAGGAAAUGUUACGGCCAUCUUUAACAAAGACUUGUUAUAAGGUUAUUAAAAUUUAAAAGGAUUAAUUUAAUUUAUAUAUUGAUAAGAGUACAAAAUUCUUGAUUCUUAUUUGGAUUUAUUAUUACAUCGAAGCACCGCCAUAUACCUAGUCUAGGCUUUUGUGUCUGUAUUGUACACAACAUUUUGCCUUUUGGAUGGAUGGAAUCUAGAAGGGUACCUAUUGAUUUUAAUAUUAUUAUUAUUAUAGCAGUAGCCUCAAGUUGCUAUGUGUUGAAAACUAUAUGUAUUUUGGUGUUAAAACUUACCAAAAAUAUUUUCUACAAUAAAUUGAAGUGUUUUUCGAAAUUGCAAAUAUUAAAAUCGUGCAAUUAAUUUUACUGGGAGAAAUUGCCUUUAGUGUAUUGUUUUUCGGAAAUUCAAUAAUUGGUAAAAUAUAGGUGCUUUAUGGUGGAAUAUUUUUCUUAAAGUUAUCGUCUAAUAAUAAUCAUUUGGUGUACCAAGGUAUGGUACUAUCACACCAUGCAAAGUAACAAACAAAAAUCUGUAUUAUUUUAUCAUAAUACUGAAAUAUAAAAACGGCUAACUCGUUUGAUUAAUUAUUAUUAUUAUUCUCGGAAUAUGUUGAAUUAUGUAAACCAUAAUUAUUUUAACUUACUGUAAUUUUUUGUUAAAUACUUAUGUUAUUACUUUUUUUAGGAUAGAUAUAAAUAAUAGGUAUGUAGAUAUUGUAAAAGAUAUUAUAUCCUUUAGUUUAUAUAAAACCAAACCAGUGCUACUUUAAGGUCAAUAGCGGUUGCAUAAAAUGAGAUGGCGCUAAAUUAUUAUUUGAAGUUUUUGUUUUAUUUCAUUUUCUGUUGGUACUUUCCAAAAGUUACCAAGAUCUCAAAAUAUACAUACAAUAACAAGAUUUGCUUAUUUAAAUAUAUUAGAUAUAUCACAAAUAUUUCAUAGUAACCGCCCAAUUUUUACUGCGCCUAUAAAUAGCGUAGUAUCCAGUCGUCAGUUUUAGUAAUGUAAGUCUUAUGAAGAUGUAAAACCAAAGGAAUAACAUAAAAGAAAUUAAUUACUUUAUCUUAUUAGCUUGAAAUGACAUUGCGAACUACCCGCAAAUAUUCAAAAAUUUUCAAAAAGUCAAAAAACCGUCACAUGGCCUUGAGUUUUUAACCUACGGUGGCGCUGCGACAUUGUAGGAGUCUGCAUUAAAAAUAUAAUCAGAAAAAAGAAUUCUCGAGUUAUAUUUCAGUGUUUAGUUGAAAUCCAAUUUUCCAUGUAUUUUUAUCAUGUCCUUUCCAUUGGACAAUGUAGUAAAGCUAAGUAAUUGUCGGGAUGUAAUUGUAGAAAUAGCAAUUAUUUUUUAACAUCGAAUCUGGUUUUUUUUUUGUUAUUUUUUUAUAUUUUGAAUACCUACUCAUCUAUUUAGUUUGUAAGUACCUACUUAUUUUAGUACUCAUAUAAAUUAUAGCUAAGCGGUGUGGAGUAUAUUUAAAGCUUUUAUUUGUUUAAAAUAAAGUUAUACAUCUGAUUUAUUGAAUAAAUCUCAUGUAUAGAUACUACAAACAAUAGUAGGUAUAGGUAAUAAUGAACGUUGUGGUAGAUUCCAUAACCAUUUAUAGCGUACUUUAUUUUUAGUAAACGGCAGUUUUUUCAUGGCUUCCGAAAUGUUAUUGUAAAUAUCGACAAACUGUAUAACUGAAGAUUGUAUUUAUAUUUCGUAAUAAUAAUAUGUAUGGCUAUCAAUAUAUGUAAAUGUUUACUGUUA